AUGCUGUUUUGUUUAUGGGCGCCAUUAGCUGCUACCGAAGGUUGGUUAGCGCUGGAGCCAAACUAUCGAGGAUCAACAGGAUAUGGCGAUCAGUUUCUUGGCGAAAUUCGCUAUCAUCCAUUAACUCGGCCUGGAAGAGAUAUUCUGUCAGGCAUUAGUAGUUUAAUUGAAGAUGGUAUCAUUGAUCGGAAUCGUGUCACCAUUGGAGGUCAUAGCUAUGGAGGUUUUCUAACGAAUUGGCUGAUAACGCAAACGACACAGUUUAAUGCUGCUCUCUCAGGUGCAGGAUCGAUUGAGCAAGCAUCUUUGUGGGGUACCAUGGACCUUAAUUCGCUUAUCGAUUAUAUUUGGGGUGGAUCUCCAUGGAAUUCAUCAAAUGCCUAUAUAGAAGAAUCACCAAUUUAUCAGUUUGGCAAAGUACGCACACCAACACUUAUUGUGACUGCAGAAGAUGAUGUACGUGUUCCUGUCAGCCAAGGUUAUAUACUGGAACGUGCACUCCGUUACCUCAAUGUACCUGUGCAAUUAUUAAUUUUCCCAAAUGAAGGACAUUCGAUGGCAAAUAAUCCGUGGCAUAUAAAAAUUAAAGUUCGUGAAGAACUAAAAUGGUUACGACAAUAUGGUCACACAGCUUUCGUAAAAACGUAA